ACUAACCGUUUCUAACCACACACACACGUGGCCUGUAUCACAAACCCUCGUGAGAAAAUUAACCAAACUCAUCAUACUGGGGGAAAAUUAAACAUUAUAACAUGAUUUGGGAAGGAAAAUUACCUGGAAUUGAGAGGAAUCGUUGAAUUAGAAAGGCGAUUAGAUGCUCAAACCAGUCAAACCCUCGUGAGAAAAUUAACCAAACUCAUCACACUGGGGGAAAAUUAAAAAUUAUAAAAUGAUUUGGGAAGUAAAAUUACCUGGAAUUGAGAGUAAGUUAAAGGCAGGGAAACGAGUGGCGGUGUCACUCUGGUCGAAUCCCUAGAAACACCAGGAAAAACAAUCGAAAAAUGUCUCUGGUCGGAAGGAGUGGCUGAAAGAGCUGUUGUACGCAGGGAUUGUGAAUCUGAGAAGAGAAGAGAAGUGGCUGACGGAGCUCGAUCUUGUACCCAGGCAAGGAUUGUGAAUCUGAGAAGAGAAUUGAAGAAGAAUCAGAGCUCAAAUGCCUUUUUUUAAUCUCCUGGAAUAAAAGAUAAAACAAAAUGACGAUCCGACCUCCAGAAACUCUGCCGGCCAAAACUGAAAACAACCCACGAGAACACCUCAAGGUUGUUACCUUGCGAAGUGGGAAGGAAACGAAGGGCAUUGGCCAGAGUUCUGAACCAACUCUGAAGGAUUAUGUGGGUGAACCAGCCAAUGAGCCAACUGAAAAGAAUACGGAAGAAAAGAAGGACGAAGAACCUUUCCAGUCCCAACAUCCAAAUGGCGAUCUCCCGCCAAAGAAGGUGACCAUACCCUUUCCUUCAAGGGUAAAGAAAAGCAAAGAUGAAAAAGCCUUCAAGAAGUUCUUAGACAUCAUGGGCCAAGUUGAAGUCAAAUUGCCCUUAGUCGAUGUCUUGACGAGAUGCCAAAGGAUUAGAGAAGGGCAAUCCACCGAAAGACCACCGUUGUUCAAUGGAACAAAUUAUUCAUAUUGGAAAGAGAGAAUGAAAAUAUUCAUUCAAUCCGUUGAUUACAAAUCAUGGAUGAGGAUCAACAAUGGACUUUGUCUUCUAACAAAGAAGGUUGGCAAGAAAAGAAUCCUCAAAUCCGAAGAGGAGUACACAGAUGAUGAUUUCAUGAAGGUCGAACAAAAUGCUAAAGCUCUACACCUUCUAUUUUGUGCCAUCGACGUGGAAGUAUUCCAAAUUUUCUCGGGAUAUGUAUCGGCCAAGAAAUUAUGGGACGACAUUCAGGAGAAAUAUGAAACUCUUGAAGAGGCAAUUGAAGAACCCCAAAUUUGCUUCAUGGCCAAUGAAGAAGAAGAGAUGGCUGAUUUCCCUGCUAAUGGACUAGACUUACCUUUUGUUACCCCCGAGGCGCACGAUCGAUAUCGGGAUUGGGGUAGCAAGAAGGUAUUGACGCCGCCGAUGAUAUUGGACCAUGCAGCGCUGGAGAACAUGGGGUAUUGGGAGGAGGUUGAUGACUUCCUCCAUGACCCCAAAUGGAGGCGUUUGCUUUCACUCCGUGCACAAGCUAGCGUGCCACUGACGAUGGAGUUCAUCUGCUCGCUGAGGUUCAGCGUUUAUGGGAGCAGAGUUCGAGAUGUGGAGGGAGUGCAUCCCUCAGUACAUAUGACGUUCACGCUACGUGGGACGAGGUUUGAUAUCCCCGUUCUUGAUCUAGGACGACUGCUGGGGAUCUAUACUCAUGAGGAGACGAGCUCACCAGACUUUCUCGCCCUGCCACGUCGACUUCCGUUGGAUGUUGACGUCAAGGCAUUUUGGAGGACUCAUUCACAUAGCACUAGAGACUUCAGCAACAAGUACAGCUCAUCAUCCGAUUGGAGGAGUCCUGCGUGGAGGAUACUUAGUCACCUCCUCUGUUGCAGCUACUUUGGGAGUCAUAAGAACGCCAACAGAGUUUACGACACUGAUCUGAUCUUCUUUUGGAGCCUGGAGAGCCACACACCUGUGGACCUUUCCUCCUUUGUUGGGUGUUUCCUGUUUGAUCAGUCGACAGGAAACCGCCAUCACAUCCAGGCAAGACCCAUUAUCACUCUGUUGGCGUACGCCCUCAUGCCUACCAUAGUCAUCUCAGACCUUCUCCCAGAGGAGUCUAGUGUACGGCCUAUCACUUCUGAGUCUCUCAUCCACAUGGGAUUCAGAAAGAGGCCACGUGACACUAGAUACGAGCCAAAUCACGACACGGGCACGGGCAGUCCUUCAUACAUGCCGGCAAGCAUGCCCGCCGAUGGAGCCUCUUCCUCUGCUGUUCCACGUCCAUUGCCUACCACAUUUGAGGAGCUGACCACUGCUUUUGGUGAUCUCCGGACAUCGAUCGAUUCACGCUUCCAGCUUUAUGAGCAGUGGUGGACCUCCUUUGAGCAACGUCAGGAGCUUUGCUGGAAGGAAAUCCAUGAUCAUCAGCAGCGCAUUGAGACGAGCCUUGCAGAGCAGGGUACACAAAUUGCCCAUAUCUUGGACUAUGUAGAGGCACAGCAAGGAGUCCCUAGCACCACUCGCCAGAGAGGGCGCGGUCGCGGCCAAGGAGGAGGACGUGGGCAGUGAGCUAUUUCCCUGCACUAAUAUGUUUCUUAUGUUUUGUUUGUUUGACUCAGGAAUGGUUGGAACUUCAGUUUGUUUUGAACACACCUUUGGUAACCUUUUUUAUUUUUAAUUACUUUUAUUUACAUCAGCAUAUUGUUAAUCUUUAAGUGUGAGGACAACUUAGUUUUUGCAUGCAAGUUCUUCCACCAUAACUCUAAUUUCUAAUCACUUUAAAACCCGCGAGGGCGCGGUUCCGUUUAAGUGUGAGGAGGAGAGAGUUAUGGUUGAAUCACUUUUUACAAAUAUAAUUUAUCUUUAUAUUUGUAGGAAAAUUAUAUAGACAGUCAUCAACUUUAGUUUUCUAAGAAAAAUUCGUUUACCCU